AUGAUUCUGCUAGACGGAGACAAAUAUGCCUGUGAUUUAUGUAUAAGAGGUCAUAGAGCGAGUACAUGCAACCAUACUGAUAGAAGACUUACAAAAUUAAGGCCCAAGGGUAGGCCUUCCACAAAUUGUUCACAUUGUAAGGAAAUCAGGAGAAUAAGCAAUGUCAACCCAUCUGGCAGUUGUUCGUGUGGAAAAUCAAAGAAAUCAAAGCCAGGAGACAAGAACAAGAUUGAAAAGGAUUCAGCUAUUGACUGUGGCUGUAUGAGCGGUAAUCCUUGCAAAUGCCAUACAAAUAGGAAAGAUCGUUCUACAAACAAAAGAAGUACUACAAACUCUCCUUUGGCGAACAAUGAAGCUGUAGAGAACGACGAUGAAAAUGGAAGAAAAGAAGAGCCAUCACAAUCUUUAAUUCCGGUCUUGGAUGAAAUAUUGAAUAAAGAAGUAGGCGAUCUAGCGGUUCCACCGGAACUACAAACUACAAAUGAAAUCACGAAAAAUGAGCCAGAUUUAAAUAUUCAUGAUUAUCCUAAUGGAAGAUGUCUAUCAAAUAUUCAAGACAAUGACAUUCUUUCGCCGAUAGACGAGUUCAUAGCAGAUUCAAACCUUCCGAAUACUAUUGAUCCUGCUUUUUUAGAUACUGGUACAGAUGGUUUACAACUACCAUCAUUAUCACAGCCGACCUUGGCACCUAGCACACAUGGAAGUCUAGGUGUCCUUCUGGAUGAUUUUUAUAUAACAGAACCAAUAUCUGAAUUCUUACAGGAUUCCUCCAAAGAUUCAAACAGUGUAUUUCCCGUACACACUGAGAAGAAGGGUUUCUCAGAAAAGAACUCUAAUGAUAACCACUAUCAAAGGAUGGCCAAUCCGAAUAUCAUGAAGGAAUGA